UUAUUUUUUUUUUCCAAUAAAGUUUGUAUCUUUGGUCUGAUCUUCCAAAGUUAUACAUGUUUUAACAAACUGGGUCUACUUUGAUCAACUUUCUAUAAGUAGAAAGACCCAAUAUAUCUGAUAAAUUCUCGUUUGGGUCCCUCUAAAGUAAAGUUACUCCGUAUAUUUUUGGGUUUUUCUUGAUUUCCAAAAAAGUUAUCUUGAAGUAAAAUUCUUCAAAGAAAACCCAUAAGUUCUCAUUUGUGUUUUUCCAUGUCUAUCAAUAAAGUUAUCAUUUUUACUCCACUUUUUCCUAAAUCCUUACUGGGUUCUGCUAAUCUUUGUGUUUAAACACUUGGGUGUAAUUUUAUUUACCUAAAAAUUUAACCUUUAUAAUGGCUCCAUCAUAUUUUCCAUUAAGAUGGGAAAGCACAGGUGAUCAAUGGUGGUAUGCAUCACCAAUAGAUUUAGCAGCUGCAAAUGGUCACUAUGAUUUAGUCAGGGAGCUUCUUCAUUUUGACACAAACCUCCUUAUAAAACUAACAUCCCUUCGCCGAAUAAGGCGACUCGAAACGGUGUGGGAUGAUGAGGAACAGUUCAAUGAUGUUGCUAAAAACAGAUCAAAAGUGGCCAAAAAUUUACUUCUUGCAGGUGAACCUAAAAAUGACCAUGGCCAUAAUUCUUUAAUAAGAGCUGGUUAUGGUGGUUGGCUUCUAUACACAGCUGCAUCAGCUGGUGAUUUAGUGUUUGUUAAAGAGUUAUUGAAAAGGGAUCCAUUGCUUGUUUUUGGUGAAGGGGAGUAUGGUGUUACUGAUAUAUUAUAUGCAGCUGCAAGAAGCAAGAAUUUUGAGGUUUUUAAUGUGUUAAUUGAUUUUUCUUUGUGGUCAAAAGGUGAGGAAAUUGGGUCUGUUUUUAAGUUAGAAAUGAUGAAUAGGGCUGUUCAUGCUGCUGCUAGAGGUGGAAGUCUUGAAAUCUUGAAACAACUUGUUGAAGAUUGUGAUGAUGUUUUGAUGUAUAGAGAUUUGCAAGGUUCUACUUUGUUGCAUUCUGCUUCUGGAAGAGGUCAAACUGAGGUUGUAAAGUAUCUAGUCGAAUCUUAUGAUAUAAUCAGCUCGACUGACUCUCAAGGCAACACUGCAUUACACAUUGCUGCCUAUAACGGUCACUUACCCGUGGUCGAGCUUUUGAUAUCAUCAUCUCCUUCAUUAAUCACGUCAACCAACAACUACGGCGACACUUUUCUUCACAUGACAGUUGCAGGAUUCAGAACACCAGGGUUCCGACGAGUUGACCAACAGAUAAAACUCAUGAAACAUCUUGUGAGUGGGAGAAUCGUAAACAUCGAGGACCUUAUCAAUUUUAAGAAUAAUGAUGGUCGAACGCCUCUUCACAUUGCUAUAAUUGAGAACAUCCAUUCUGACUUGGUGGAACUUCUCAUGAGCGUUAGAUAUAUCGACUUAAAUAUCAGAGACGUUGAUCGGCUGACCCCACUUGAUCUCCUUAGACAACGGCCGAAAUCAGCCUCUUCUGAGAUACUGAUAAAAAGGCUGAUUUCGGCUGGAGGGAUCUCAAAUUAUAAUGAUUACAUGACGAGGACUGCCCUCGCAUCCCAUUUGAAAACACACGGGAUUGGGGGCAGUCCUGGAACUUCAUUCAGGGUUCCUGAUGCUGAGAUCAUUUUCUAUAUAUGUGCUGAUAAUGAUAAGGAGUCAAUUUAUUCGGGUGAACUAAGUCAAUUUAAUUCACCUACCCGAUCAUACUCGGGGUAUCGUAAUCGGGAACCAACUAGUGCUGCUAGACGAUUAAAGCUUCUUUUCGGGUUGGCCCGAAAGAAAGAAGAAGAAGAUGAUGAUCGUGAUUCUUUAGAUUCUUUCCAGUUAAGGAAGGGUAAGCUUGACAAUGGGCCAGUUUCAAUUCGAGAAAAAUAUAUGAAAAGCUCAAAUCCAAACAACAAAAGGUUGUUUACACCUAGCCCGUCGACAAAGAAAAAGUUCUCCGCCAGGCUAACCCAUGGGGUCCUACAAGUCAACUCAGCUUCUAGCCAAUGUUCGGGUUCAUCUUGGUCUUCGUGUUCAGAAGACGAAGAUGAUGCGUAUAGGUCCACAAAAAGCGGACCACUGACCUCUACGAGGUCUAGCUUAAACCCAUGGGUUAACCGUGACAAAACAAAGUUCCAUAGGCGACAGUCUUCGUUGAGCAAGGUCUUGAUGAACCAAGUGUUCUGUUUCGGUGCACAAGGUAUAGCCGUGGACGAACCAAUCAAGCGCCCGAACCCGCGUCAAACCUACAUUGGUUCAACGGCUUGAACUAGCCUACUUAUAUAUAAAAACUACUGUUUGUGUACAUUAAUUUUGUUUCCCUCUCAUAUAAAUGUAUUUUAAUCUAAUUCUAA